AUACAAUCUAAAAAUGCACUUGAUUUCAUCAUCUAAAUAAAUGCUCUUGGCAAAAUGGAUCAUCCUAGCUGAAACCAGAGCACAAGCCGCCAUGGACAGGAGGCAACGGAGAAACCCUUCUGCUUCUUCUUCUGCCUUUUCAUCUCCAGCUUCAUCCUCAUCGCGUUUCCGCUCAGAGAAAUUCUCCUCGAAUCCCCCAAAAACUAGUAACUCCCUGGAGGAUGCUCACCAAUUGAAAAGCAAAUGUGGGAAGCCACAAAGACCAGAGCAAGAGGAGGAAGAAAAGCAAGAUCCGAACAAUCUUCUCUCCUUAGUUGGAACUUGCCCCUUCAUGUGCCCUGCUGGAGAAAGGGCCCAACGUGAACGCCUUCGGGACUUGGCUGUGUUUGAGAGGUUACAUGGAAAUCCUGGGAAAACAUCUCCAAGCCUUGCUGUCAAAAAGUUUUGCAGAACCAUUGCCACUAAGCACAUGCAGGCAUCAGAUGUGCGGCCACUUCCAGUGUUGGAAGAGACUUUGAACUACCUAUUAAACCUGUUGGAUGCCACGGAACAUCCUUUUGACGUGGUUCAUGAUUUCGUCUUUGAUAGGACAAGAUCAAUAAGACAAGAUCUUAGCAUGCAGAAUAUCGUUAAUGAUCAAACAAUUCAUAUGUUUGAAGAAAUGGUGAAAUUUCAUAUUAUAUCCCACCACAAGCUUCGCAGUUGUAGCAGCAAGCGAAGUUUUUCUUCAGUUCAUUACCUCAAUAUGGAGCAGCUGAAAAAGUGUCUGAUAUCUCUAUAUGCUCUGUACAAAGAAAAUCGAAAUUCAAAUUCUAUUUACAAGAAUGAACCUGAGUUCUACUCAUUUCACGUUCUUCUUCAUCUUGGCUCUAACAGCCAACCAUUGGUGGAUACUUGCUUCCAUUGUUUGUUUGAGUUCAUCUUUUUCAGUAUCUCUUGCUGCCUUGUAUUGGUUUCUGAAUAUGUUACUAUUUCUGUUCUGAAGGGAGAGUCACUCUCUUUAUGGUUGGGUCGUGUACCUUCUCUCAUUUUGAAGUCAAAGGAAAUGUGUUUUGCUCGGAGACUUUUAAGAUUAUUUCGGAUGGGCAAUUAUAAGCGUUUCCUUUGUACUACAACAACUGAGGCAUCUUAUUUACAGUACUACAUAAUUGAACCUUACAUCAAUGAGGUUCGAGCAUUGGCAUUGUCAUGUGUAAAUUAUUGUGGCUACAAACUUCAUCCGUAUCCAAUUGCACACUUGUCCAAACUCUUGAUGAUGAAGGAAUUAGAUGUGGAAUCAUUUUGCAAUGCUUGUGGUCUUGAGACCAGCACUGAUGAACGGGGAAAUAAGUUCUUAUCAACCAAGCAAACAAACUUCCAUUAUCCCAAGGAAGUCUUUCCAAGCUAUUGCCUUUUGGGUUUGGAACACUUUUAGAGAAACAUGUGAAACUCCAUGAAUCUAUGGUGCUAUGGUGGCCUACGUUCAUAUAACUGGGGACACUUUGGUUUACACUACAAUGACCCCAAACAGGGUUUGUAGAGACUUUAUCAAGAUCACUAGCUUCAAAAGACUAAGGAAAGAAACAUGUUCUCAAUGAAAACUUGGAGUCAAAUUGCAGAUAAAGACCUAAAACUCCCACUUAAUGUGUUUGAGGAAUUGUUGUUUCAUGGGGAUAAGCUGUUUGGUUUGUACGUGUCUCCUUGGUGAUACUUAGAGAUCGGUGAAGUAUACGUAUCCUUUGUGAUCUGGUUUGUAUAUGGGCAGAUGAAUGUUGAUGCCAGGUUCAUAUAUGUUUCUGAUAUAUAUCACCCUGGAAGGAUCUAGAUCAAGGGGAUGAGUUUCAAAAGCUUGAGUAGGUUUAAGAUGUUCCGAGAAUUGGUGAGCAUGAUAUAUAUCAAUACGAUAUUGCAGAAGACAACAGAGCUUCUGAAAUUAAUAUGUCAGGUUCAAUAGUAGGAAAUCUUAUCAGCUGUCA